AUGCAAGAGGCUUUAUCAACAAAUGCUGUGGAAGAUGGUUUAAACAGUAGUUCCGAAGAGCCAACUAUGGAAGACUUCAUGAAUGUCUUGAAUGACAACGAUGAAAUUCCAGAUGACGGUCAAAUCCCUUACACACCCACCCCGUUCCGACCAAGAGAUUCUUUUCAAGCCCAAUCUGAGACUCAAACGACCUCUUCAUCACUCAAGCGCACAGGUUCUAGAAACUCAGUUGACUCUACUAGCGUUGGGACCUUCAGCAAAAGAAGCCGAACUUCUGGUUCGGCGUCUUCAAUCCAGGCUCUCUUACAAGGAAAUCAAUUCGGAUCAACCCCUCUACAAGCAAGUUCAAAUGUCCGAGCGGAUCCAAACCUCAAUACUUUGGAGCAACAAGCUUUUUUUAAACAUGGUCAAAGUAUGGAACGUUUGGCUCAGGUAGUUGAAAACAUGGGUAGCUCUAUUUGUGGACAACAACCGAAACAAACCGAGUUCAGCCCUGAAGAAGCAAAAAAAAAAUCUCAGAUUGAACUGGAAUUGGUUGAUGUGAAGUUAAGCAGUGAUAAGUUUGAUUUAGACUCGCGAAAGGAAAAACAUUCACUUGAGAUGAAGCAAAUGAAAGCUGAAUAUGAACAUCAACAAGUGGCACGAAAUGCUCAUCUGAUUAGUACCUUGAUGAAAGAUCAUAACCUCAGCCUUCAGGACGCAAUGCUCGCUGCGCAACACGCACAAUCAAUGAUGCAAUCGAGUUCAGCUUCAGGCUCAGGUGUUUGA